AUGAUUGAAAGUGAUGUGACUUUUUUAGCUUUGCUUCCUGUUUUACAUCACAAAUCUAAAAAAGGACCUCCCCGUCAAGCCAAAUAUGCUAUUCAUUGUAUCCAUGCAAUAUUUUCUAGUAAAGAGACCCAGUUUGCACAGAUAUUUGAGCCUCUGCAUAAGAGCCUAGAUCCAAGCAAUCUGGAACAUCUUAUAACCCCAUUGGUUACUAUUGGUCACAUUGCUCUCCUUGCACCUGAUCAAUUUGCUGCUCCUUUGAAGUCUUUGGUAGCUACUUUCAUUGUGAAAGAUCUUCUCAUGAAUGAUCGGCUUCCAGGAAAAAAGACAACUAAGCUUUGGGUUCCAGAUGAAGAAGUUUCUCCUGAAACAAUGGUCAAAAUACAGGCGAUUAAAAUGAUGGUUCGAUGGCUACUUGGAAUGAAGAAUAAUCACAGUAAAUCAGGAACUUCUACUUUAAGAUUGCUAACAACAAUAUUGCAUAGUGAUGGAGACUUGACAGAACAGGGGAAAAUUAGUAAACCAGAUAUGUCACGUCUGAGACUUGCUGCUGGGAGUGCUAUUGUGAAGCUGGCACAAGAACCCUGUUACCAUGAAAUCAUCACAUUAGAACAGUAUCAGCUCUGUGCAUUAGCAAUCAAUGAUGAAUGCUAUCAAGUAAGACAAGUAUUUGCUCAGAAACUUCACAAAGGCCUUUCCCGAUUACGACUGCCACUUGAGUAUAUGGCAAUCUGUGCUCUUUGUGCAAAAGAUCCUGUAAAAGAGAGAAGAGCUCACGCCAGGCAGUGUCUGGUAAAAAAUAUAAAUGUGAGACGCGAGUAUCUGAAGCAGCAUGCAGCUGUUAGUGAAAAAUUAUUAUCUCUUCUACCAGAAUAUGUUGUUCCAUAUACAAUUCACCUUUUGGCACAUGACCCAGAUUAUGUCAAAGUACAGGAUAUUGAACAACUUAAAGAUGUUAAAGAAUGUCUUUGGUUUGUUUUAGAAAUAUUAAUGGCUAAAAAUGAAAAUAACAGUCAUGCAUUUAUCAGAAAGAUGGUAGAAAAUAUUAAACAAACAAAAGAUGCCCAAGGACCAGAUGAUGCAAAAAUGAAUGAAAAACUGUAUACUGUGUGUGAUGUUGCCAUGAAUAUCAUCAUGUCGAAGAGCACCACAUACAGUUUGGAAUCUCCUAAAGACCCAGUACUACCAGCUCGGUUUUUCACUCAACCUGACAAGAACUUCAGUAACACCAAAAAUUAUCUGCCUCCAGAAAUGAAAUCGUUUUUCACUCCUGGAAAACCUAAAGCAACCAAUGUUCUAGGAGCUGUUAAUAAGCCGCUUGCAUCAGCAGGCAAACAAUCUCAGACAAAAUCUUCACGAAUGGAAACUGUGAGCAAUUCAAGCAGCAGCUCAAACCCAAGCUCUCCUGGAAGAAUAAAAGGGAGGCUUGAUAGUUCUGAAAUGGACCACAGUGAAAAUGAGGACUACACAAUGUCUUCACCUUUGUCGGGGAAAAAAAGUGACAAGAGAGACGACUCUGAUCUUUCUGAAUUGGACAAACUUAGAAGCCGGAAAAAAACAUCAGCCACCGAUUCAGAAGAAAAAUUAGGUAUGGAUGACCUGACUAAGUUGGUACAAGAACAGAAACCUAAAGGCAGUCAGCGUGGACGGAAGAGAGGCCAUACAACUUCAGAGUCCGAUGAGCCACAAUGGCCUGAGGAAAAGAGGCUCAAAGAAGAUAUGUUAGAAAAUGAGGAUGAACAGAAUAGUCCACCAAAAAAAGGUAAAAGAGGCCGACCACCAAAACCUCUUGUUGGAGGAGGUACAACAAAAGAAGAACCAACAAUGAAAACUUCUAAAAAAGGAAGCAAAAAAAAAUCUGGACCUUCAGUAGUAGAAGAAGAGGAAGAAGAGGAAAGACAAAGUGGAAACACAGAACAGAAGUCAAAAAGCAAACAGCACCGAACUUCAAAGAGAGCACAACAGAAAGCAGAAUCUCCUGAGACUAGUGCACUUGAAUCCACACAAUCCAUACCACAGAAAGGACGAGGAAGACCAUCAAAAACGCCAUCACCAUCACAACAAAAAAAAAAUGUCCGUGUAGGACGCUCCAAACAAGCAGCCACUAAAGAAAAUGAUUCAAGUGAAGAAGUAGAUGUGUUUCAGGGUUGCUCUCCUGUCAAUGAUGAUAUUCCACAGGAAGAAACAGAAGAAGAGGAAGUUUCUACAGUAAAUGUACGGCGGAGAAGUUCUAAAAGAGAAAGGCGAUGAACAAAUGUAAUAAUUUCUAUGUGAACACUUAAAAAAUCAUUUUUCAUCAAGCUUGAGGCUGAAUAAAACCUUUAAUACACAAAAUGGGACUGCUGAAGAGUGGACAGUUGGACCUCCCUUUGAUGACCUCAUAUAUUUGUGGUCACACUUUAGCCAUACGCAUGGUAAUAACAUUGACUUGUGAAAGUGUAAUUUGCUAUGGCUAUGUAGAAAUAAACUAAAGAAGAAACUUGUAAAUAUAUUUUUCCUUUUUUUUUUUUUUUAAUGUUUCUGACUUCUAGUGUGCUUGUAUAGCUUUUAUCUGUGGCUUUAAACUGACAGUACCCAACUGUUUAUUGGAUCUAUUGCUUUGAAAAGAGUUUGUUAGGAUAGAUCUUAAGCAGUCAUCUGUCAGUAUUUGUAUUUGUAUACUCUGCAGUUUUACUGUGAAAAAAUUAUUUUUCAACAAAUGGUGUCAUUUUCUUGAUGUCACUAUUGGUUGGAGAGUUAAAUGGUCUCUUUCCCAUGUGUAUCUUACCUAGUGUUUACCCCUAGGCACCCUUAAGCUUCAGAGGUGCUAAAUCAUCUGCUACUACACCUGAACGAUGCCUCUGAUGGGAGGAAACCACACAAAUUGUGAAAUACUCCUGACGUUGAUUAUUUUACACCUCAGUAUUGGUCCCAGAAUUUUCUGGCCUUCUAUGGCAAUGAAAAUUUUAAGAAAAAGAUUUAAAAUAUUUUAAUUUUAAAGAAUGUGUUAUAAAAUAAUGUACUGAAAUCUUUAUCCCAUUUUAUCGUCCCUUUUCAGUUCAUAUACUCUACUGUAUCAAUAAAAUUCUGUAAUUUGAAUUAGUUUUUAAUAGUCUAGAAUGUUAUUGUGUAUAGAUAUUUCCUCUUGAACGUGUUCAGAAAAUGCAAAUUAUUACACUAUAAUAUAAAAUCUGAUAUAUACACAUUAGAAAAGUUUCAGUUCUUCAUAACAAUGUAAAGGUAAUCAGAAAGAAAAAAGUUUUAUUGAUGCAGUGUGUCUUUAUAAGGCUGUUCUUGAAAACAAGAGUUUUGUAUUUUAUAGUGAGUUGCAUGUUUAUGAAAAAAAUGCUAAAAAUGGAAUGUGCUCUUUUCUGUAAAUUCAUAUUUAGUUAUAGUAUAUGAUAGAUUGCCCCAUAACAUAGUUUUCAUCAAGAGUUUAUUAUUGUUUUUUUAUUUUUGAGCCAAAAACAUUGUCUUGGGAGGAAGGACAAAGUGGAAGUGAUAUGUCGAACUACAUGAGCUACUGUACUAGGUAUUACAGUCUUAUGAACUUUUUAAAUGAAAUUCCACUUUGUCCUGACUGGGAAAAGUGGAAAUUUAUUUGGAUUUAGAGAUGAUCUUUUCGUUAUGGUAAGCUGCAAAACUAUAGAAACAAAUUACAUAAGACAGUAUACUUUUACAGUUUUGUAAACUGUAUUUUGAACCAAAACUUAUAGGUUGUUACUUUAUGUGUAGCUAAAUUCAUUUUAGUAUUUCAGGUGCUGUUCUUUUCUUUUUUCAUGGUUAACAUCAGAAAGAAAAUCAUAUUCUAACUUGUUAAAUUUAUCACAUUGAAUAAUGGAGCAUUUUCAUGUAACACAGUAUUAUGUUUAAGGUAUAUUUCCAAGAUUGGUGAUAAUAGAUGAGGGAUAUAAUAAAGAAACUAUUUUGGAAAAUGACAUUUUACUAUUUUCCAAUGCAUAUCACAAUUAAUGUGAUUAUUAUUUUUUUAGAGAUUUCUCCAUGUUAAUGAAACUGCCUUUUAUUUUUAAAAAAUGUUUUUGUUUCUUAAUCUCUCAAUAUUUAGCUGUUCUUUAUUUACAGCAGUACUGACACCAGUGAUUAUGGGAGGCUGCUAUAUAUCAAGGCAGCUAAUGGACCAAGAUACAUUGGUUUUUAAACAUUUCAUUAGCUCAGUUCUCCCAUCACGCUGUUUCUAUUUCAGCAGUACAAAGGCAUGUUUAUAAAUCUAUAAAAUAAGAAUAAAGGAUAGCUUUGUAUUUUUGUCAUUGACUAAAUUGCACCAGGAAUGUUUAUGGAAGUAUAUCUUUAAGACCAUUUUAUAAAACAACAACAACAAAAAUGGUUGUGGAGGAUUUUUAUUUGCAUGAUCAUAGUUAAGCAGAUUUCAUUGUACAUUAAUUCGUACAUCAGAUCACAAAAAUGUUCAUUGUAGAUUCUGUUUAAUGGCAAUGAGUCUGUGAUUUUCUUACACAUAUGUUCCCUUUUGGGAGAAUUAUGAUGUAAAUUUUCCAUUUUUCAGUAGAAAAAUAGGUGCAAUAAUUAUCAAAAUUUUGAUGUCCUGUGUCUUCAUCUUAAGGGAUUAUCUUAUUAUGGUUAAACUUAACAUUUCAUGUACUAACAUUUGGAGAGCCACAUACCAUAACUAAAGUAAAAUUAAGUAUAUAUAAAAAGUUAAUUACAGUGGUUAGCAAGCUCUUCAGUGAUAAUGUUCAUUUUGAAAUAUGUACUGUAAAAAAAUUGAGAAAAUACUUACUGUAACAAGUUCCAUUAUUAAAAUCUUGGGAUUCUUUAGUGAGGUUAUCUUGCUUUACUCUGUGGCAAAUCCAUUUAAUCUACAUUAUAAUAAAAUUUCUUGCUGCAGUGCAACAAGAAGCUUUUUCAGUGAACUCCACUGUAUAUGUAAAUUACAAAUGUGGCUAUAAAACCUGUUCCAGGUAUUAUAGGUUAAUUACAUUCUGUAUCACCUUAUAACUUAUAAGUAUGAUUUUUAAGAUUUCCUUUUUGCCCACUUGAAAAAUGUCAGGAAUUUAAGAAUUUGUUUAACUUAGGUAUAUCUCCUUUACCAUAUAGUAUUAUGUCACCAUAA